AUGGAUCGCGACGGCUAUGCAGGGGGUGGGAGCCGCGGCGAGGGCGGGCACGGCCGCCGGGAGGGCCCGGCGGGGAACGGCCGCGACCCGAGCCGCGGCCACGGCGCCGAUGCGCCCGGGGACCCGCAGACGGCCGCGUCCUUGCUGGCCCCCAUGGACCUGGGGGAGGAGCCGCUGGAGAAGGCGGCGCGCGCCCGGCCGGCCAAGGACCCCAACACCUAUAAAGUGCUGUCGCUGAUAUUGUCAGUCUGUGUCUUAACAAUAAUCCUUGGCUGUAUAUUUGGGUUGAAACCAAGCUGUGCCAAAGAAGUUAAAAGCUGCAAAGGUCGCUGUUUUGAAAGAAUUUGCUGCCUCGAUUACCAGGAGACGUGUAUAGAACCAGAGCACAUAUGGACUUGCAGCAAAUUCAGGUGUGGUGAGAAAAGGCUGUCCCGAAGCCUCUGCUCCUGCUCAGAUGACUGCAGGGACCAUGGUGACUGCUGCAUCAACUACAGCCCUGUGUGUCGAGGUGAGAAAAGUUGGGUAGAAGAAACGUGUGAGAGCAUUAAUGAGCCACAGUGUCCAGCAGGGUUUGAAACACCUCCUACCCUCUUAUUUUCUUUGGAUGGUUUCAGAGCAGAAUAUUUACACACCUGGGGUGGACUUCUUCCUGUUAUUAGCAAACUAAAAAAUUGUGGAACAUAUGCUAGAAACUUGAGACCAGUAUAUCCAUCAAAAACUUUCCCCAAUCACUACAGCAUUGUCACGGGUCUUUAUCCAGAAUCCCAUGGCAUAAUUGACAAUAAAAUGUACGAUCCAAAAAUGAAUGCUUCCUUUGCACUUAAAAGUAAAGAGAAAUUUAAUCCUGAGUGGUACAAAGGAGAACCGAUUUGGCUCACAGCGAAAUAUCAAGGCCUGAGGACUGCCACAUAUUUUUGGCCAGGCUCAGAUGUGGAAAUUAAUGGAAUUUUCCCAGAUUUCUAUAUGGCGUACAAUGGUUCAGUACCAUUUGAAGAAAGAAUUUUAGGUGUUCUUAAAUGGCUACAGCUUCCUAAAGAUAAAAGACCACACUUUUACACUCUGUAUUUAGAAGAACCAGAUUCUUCAGGUCAUGCCUAUGGACCAGUCAGCAGUGGAGUCAUCAAAGCAUUGCAGAGGGUUGACAAUAUGGUCGGCAUGCUGAUGGAUGGUCUAAAAGAGCUGAAUUUGCAUCGGUGCCUGAACCUCAUCCUCAUUUCAGAUCAUGGCAUGGAACAAGGCAGUUGUAAGAAAUAUGUAUAUCUGAAUAAAUAUCUGGGGGAUGUUAAAAAUAUUAAAGUUGUAUAUGGACCUGCAGCUCGACUGAGACCCUCUGAUGUCCCAGAUAAAUACUAUUCAUUUAAUUAUGAAGGCAUUGUCAGAAAUCUUUCUUGCCGGGAGCCAAACCAGCACUUCAAACCUUACCUAAAACAGUUCUUACCCAAGCGGUUGCAUUUUGCCAAAAGUGACAGGAUUGAGCCCUUGACAUUCUAUUUGGACCCUCAGUGGCAACUUGCAUUGAAUCCUUCAGAAAGGAAAUAUUGUGGAGAUGGAUUUCAUGGCUCUGACAACCUAUUUUCAAAUAUGCAAGCCCUCUUUAUUGGCUAUGGACCUGGACUCAAGCACGGUCUUGAAGUUGAUUCCUUUGAAAAUAUUGAAGUCUAUAACUUAAUGUGUGACUUACUGAAUUUGACACCUGCUCCUAAUAAUGGAACUCAUGGAAGUCUUAACCACCUUCUAAAGAAUCCUGUUUACACCCCAAAGCAUCCCAAAGAAGCCCGCCCCCCAGUGCAGUGCCCCUUCACAAGGACCCCCAGCGACAACCUUGGCUGCUCGUGUGAUCCCUCAAUGUUUCCAGUCAUGGAUUUUCAGACACAGUUGAAUCUCACCAUGGCAGAAGAGAAGGUUAUUAGGCGUGGCACUUUACCCUACGGAAGACCCAGAGUUCUCCAGAAGAGCGGCACUGUCUGUCUGCUCUACCAGCACCAGUUCGUGAGUGGUUACAGCCAAGACAUCCAGAUGCCCCUCUGGUCAUCCUACACCGUGAACAGAAAUGACAGUUUCUCUACAGAAGACUUUUCCAACUGCCUUUAUGAGGAUCUUCGAAUUUCCCUUAGUCCUGUCCAUAAAUGUUCAUUUUAUAAAAAUAAUGCUAAAAUGAGUUAUGGGUUCCUCUCUCCGCCACAACUAAACAAAGGUUCAAAUAAAAUAUAUUCUGAAGCAUUGCUUACCACUAACAUAGUACCAAUGUACCCAAGUUUUCAAGCGAUAUGGCGCUACUUUCAUGGCACCCUACUGCCAAGGUAUGCUGAAGAAAGAAACGGCGUCAAUGUUGUCAGUGGCCCUGUGUUUGACUCUGACUACGAUGGACAUUAUGAUGCCUCAGAGACUCUGAAACAAAACAGCAGACUCAUCCGUAAUCAAGAAGUUCUGAUUCCAACCCACUUUUUCAUUGUGCUAACAAGUUGUAAAAAUACAUCCCAGACUCCCUCACAGUGUGAAAAUUUAGAUACAUUAGCUUUCAUUUUGCCUCACAGGACUGAUAACAGUGAGAGCUGUGUGCACGGGAAGCAUGAAUCCUCAUGGGUGGAAGAGUUGUUGAAAUUACAUAGAGCUCGGAUCACAGAUGUUGAACACAUCACUGGACUCAGCUUCUAUCAAGAAAGAAAAGAGCCAAUUUCAGACAUUUUAAAGUUGAAAACACAUUUGCUAACUUUUAACCAAGAAGACUGAUACAUAUUUUUUUAUUCCAAAAACAGACCAUAAAUUUUUUUGAAAGAACCUUCUGUUUGACACAGUCCUCUGUUCACACGAUUGCAUUGUUUGGAAACUGUCGACCACAGUUAGAACUGGGACUCCUCUGUGAUACGACCAUCUCAGGGAAACGCGUGGCCUCGGCAUAGCAGUAGGAAAGUGUUCCUAUUGAGUCUCGCACAUGUUUGAAUGUGUAACAGUUCAAAUUUGGGAAUAAAGACAGACCAAACCUAAAACUGCUCUUCUACUUCUCUAAAAGGCAGAAGUAGCCUGUGAACAUUGUCUGGAUACCAGAUAUUCGACUCUUAUUAUCAUGAAUAAACUUUUAUGGAGCUGGCAACAGCAGGAGUAUGAAUAGGAUUGGACUAAUCCAUGUUACAUUCGUAUCUUCACAAGAUUUUAAAAACGAUUCAUGAUGUUUUUUAAAAAGUGAUUUUGAAAUUUCAUUUAUUUUAGUUUUAAUAAAAAAAUUAAUGGAAACAAAAUUUUUCUGAGGUUCUCAAAAGGCAAAAUAUGUAAUCCUCUGUUGUUGUUUUUUUUAAAAUUAUGAUUGGGCUUCUCCAGGUUAAAAGGCUUUAACAAGUUAAACUUUGAGGAAGAUCUGUGAAUUGAGUACAUCAAUCUUUAUAAAUUUUACUCUAUAUUUGUACCAAAAAAGAAAAAUAUUCCCAUCCUGCUCACUGGUUAUUAACAUAGGUUAAAAACAGCUCUAAAAGUGAUGUGUUUAGACUGUUAAAAAUGUCUUCUCUUGGUGAAACUUCAGAGAACCUGUCAGCACAUGCAAGGUGGCAUUUGUCAUCGAGAUGGUAGGAAUGUUUUCCUCUGUACAUAAAUAUGACUCCACCAACAGCAGAGCUAUACUGCACUGAGCUGUUUAUUUGAAGUUCCAUAGAUUUGAAGAGAACACGGUACCAUCACUUCCUAUCUCCGUGGUGGUCACAAUAAAUGAACUUGAUUUAUCCACUGCAUAGACUACAUCCUUUAGUGCCAACCUGUGUACCUUCGAAGGCUACAUUCACUUUUAGGUUCCCUGAGUUUAGGUGUUCUAUUAGUGCACCAAAGAUUUGCAUUUGUCCUUCAGAUGAUAUUUAUUCUUCAACAGCCUCGGGGCCACAGAGGCCUUUAGAUAAUACAAUUUGUAUCUGAAAAUUAUUUAAUAAUUUAGAAAGUUUCAUGAGUUUUUGUUUUAACCCCACAGAUCUCUGAUGCUCAGUACAUUAUUUUUUAUUUUAAAAAAUUUUAUUUUUUUUCUAUUGUUCAAAUUGGGUAAUUUUUAUUGUUCUAUCUUUAAGUUCAUUGAUCCUUUUCUCUGUCUAAUCCAUUAUGCUGUUGAGCUCAUCUUUUAAAAAUAUAUUUCAGUUAUAUUAUUAUUAUUUCUAAAAUUUUUAUUUGGUUCUUCUUUGUAUCUUUUAUUUCUUUGCUGAGACUUUGUAUUUUUUCAUUUGUUUCAAGAAUGUUUGUAAUUGCUCAUUGAAGCAUUUUUAUAAAGGCUGCUAUGAAAUCCUUGUCAGAUAAUCCUGACAUCUCUGUCACCUUUA